GAAAAUAAUAAACAAUAUUCGGAGAUGUCUUGGACUCGUGGUCAAGUGUUGGCUCUCCUCAAAGUGUAUCAGCUCCAUCCGUGCCUUUUUAACGUGCAUAAGGCUGUCUACUUCACGUUCGAGGAACGACAAAGGAAACUUCACGACAUCUGUGAGCAACUGCGCCCUCAGAAGCCCGAUAUAACCGUAGAUCUAAUUCAGGAUCAAAUAGGACGUCUUCGGAAGCAAUAUCUUCAACAAAGGAGGUUAGUGAAAGAAGCGCAGAAGAAUGGAGCCGAGUACAAGCCGGAAUUGUGGUGUUUUAAUCGAUUGAGGUUUUUCGAUGAAAUUUGCAACGAUUCCGACGAUGGGGAUCAAGUAAUUAAUUUGGAUACUGAUGACUCCAACGGGAGCGGAAAGGAAAACCAAGGUUCCGGGGUGAAGUCGAAUGAGUUAAAGCGAAAAAGAAGCGGACACCUUAAUGAGAAUGGCGUGGAACCUCCUAACAAUGGAGAACCUGAUUUUCCAAGGCCUCAUAAACGUAUUCGCGGAAACUGGUGUGAAGUUGAAAAUGAAAGCGAAAAUAUUACCUCAAAUACCACCCAUCACGGUGACAACAAUAUCAUAAAGGACGAUAAUGGUCCUAAUUAUAGCGGAGAUGGUAUGGACAUUGAUGAAGGUGGUGCGAGUCAUAAUGGUUACAGCGGAAACGACCAAAAUUAUGGUCGUUUUGGACUUAACUAUACCAGAAAUAACCCCGGUUGCAGCGAAAGUGAUAUCAGUUCCAACGGAGAAGAUCAAGAAGAAAUCUGCUAUGACGGAGAUGAAGAAGACGCAACGAGAAAAAGUGAUCAUAUGCCAAGGCCUCUUUCCGGAUUAAUUGAGCCUCGAAUCGAGAAAUUCAUCGAAGAACUUGAAAUUAACCGGGAAUAUGAUGUGUCACCUGUUGAUCAUCAUUCGAGUCGCAUUGAAUUUAAAGCAACUGUUGAUCAUCUACGAGACAAGUAUUUGGAGGAAGCUUCCACCAAUUUAGACAUCUGUGUGACUGAGCUGUACCUCAAGGAGUAUUACAUAUUAACAGGAGUUGUUAGUAUACAAAAAAACGUUGAGUCGAAUGCGUUUGAAACCUGGUGUGAAAUCCAGUUUUUAUUCGGAAAUUGCACAUCACAAUUCGCGAAUAUAAAAGCCGAACAAUAUUCGCCGCAUAAAGAAAUGCCUUUGGGAAACAACCUAGGACCAAGCACUAGUAGACAAGAAUGCACCUCGGUUGCAACUGAACAGAUUAAUUGCAAUGAGCGUCCCCCAGAAACCGCCUCAUGUAGCCGAGAUCUAUGGAGAAGUGAUGGAAUACAAUCGAAGGAGAUCUUAGGUUCUCCAGUUGGGGAUUACAGUAUCACGGAUUCUAAUCCCUCUGUCAACUUAUCAAUUUUUGGGAUUAAUAGUUACUCAGUGGAAGGUGCCUCUGUAAAAUCAGAUGAGCCUAUUAGUAGCGCUGAACCAGAAAAUAGUUCUCAAGACUCAUCAGCUUCGAACCCAGGUGAAAACCAACAAAUUAGCAGUACACCCUCGGAAUCAAGCGACAGCGAUAAUCCCCUUUUGCAGCCCCACAAUAACGACAACAUCCAGCACGAAGUCCCUGCCGAAAACCGACAGGUUUUUGGGCGACGGCAUCAUAUUCAACCGGGCAACAAUCAUCAACAACCACCCAAUGUAAAUGCAGAUCCAGAUAGGAUUGGCAAUGAAGAUCUUAUUUACGAUGCUUAUAAUGAAUUUAUCAUGGAAGACGGGGCUGCUGAGGCUCGAGCAGCCGCAGCACGAAAUCCAGCACAAAGAAUUAGGCCACACCCCUGGCUGCGAGAUCAAUAUUGGAGUGAGGACGAGGAGUCUAGCGAUGAAGACGAACCCCCCGUGAGCACGGAUAGUGGGCAGGGAGAUGAUCUUGAGGAUGCAGAAGAAAAUGUCGAAGGGGUAUAAUUUGUAGUCAAAAUUUGUGUCUUUUUUUUUAAAAGAAAACUUAUGUGAGUUUUAAGCGUAAAAUUUUAUGUUUGCAUACAGUUUGUAAAUUGAGCGUCAAAGGACCAACGGGAAGUUGGCAAUUUAUAUAGACGUCCCAUGCGCGUAACCUUGAACCGAAGUAUUUUAUUUACUCUAACUUCGAGCACGCAUAGUUUACACAAAUCUAAUUUAUUUAUUAUCUUAUCUAUUUGGUUAUCAAUUGUUAUGAACCAUUUUUUGGUGGUUUCUGUGUAUGUCUGCGAACGUGUAAGCGAGUUAGAAAUAAGAAAAUAAGACCCAAACUUUGCGAAUAAAUAACUAGAAUUUGUAAA